AUGAAUUGUGAAAUGAUUGUUGAGCAAUAAAUAAAUAAGGUAAAAGAAUGUCUUUAAGGAGUAUAAUAAGAGUUAGAUGUAAUAUAAGAAUAUCAUUAUUAGUUAUCUUUCAGCAGAAUUGACAAUUUUCUUGAUUAACUUGCUAUUCCUACUUAUCCAUCACUUCUUCAAAAUAUUGUUAAUCAUACUCCAAAAUUUCAUUAAAUAUCAUUGUCUUCUAUACAAAACUUUGCUCAAUCAUUAAUUCAACAAAUUAAACCUAUGAUCACUAAUUAUUAACAAAAUCAAUUAAAUCAACAUUAGUUAGUUCAACAGGGGAAUCAUCAUGAAUCUAAUUCUAAGCCAUUCGCUUAUGAUUUUAUCGAAAAUCAUUCAAUUUAAUAAAAUGAAUUUUGUUAUGCAAUUGCUAUGAAUAAUGAUAAUUCAAUUCUAUUAGCAGGGUGUAAUAAUACGAUCAAAGUAUUUGAAUUUAAAUAAGAAUAAUUGAAACUAACUCAAAAUCUUAGUGAACAUUAAAGUACUGUUUAUACUUUAAAUUUUAUGAAGAAAUCGANGAUUUUAAAUAAAAUAGACUAUGCAGUCCAUUAUUUUAUUAGUUUAUAACAUUCCUAAUAUAUUUACUAAGGAUAGGUUAUAUCCUACUUAUUAAAUACUGUUUCGUUAUUAAGUCGCUAUUAUAUUUAUCAAAAUAUAUUUCUUUUUUUAUGA